AUGGCCGAACUCAACGAAAAUGAACCGUUCCACUGGGAUGUCGAGCGGGUGGUCAAAGAGCUAUGCACCCCGGAGCGUACAUGGGAUGCGCCUGCUCCGCAUAAGCUGCCCGACCCUGAACGCCUUGCAUUUAAGCUGCGCGAACUCGACAUCGAUGGAGAGACACUCUUGAUGUACCCAGACGAAUACGGUUGGCCCACGUUUUGGGAAAUGCUAGGCAUAAAAAAGCUUGCCCACCAUUUAUCCAUCGGAAAAGCCAUCAAACAGUUUAGGGAGACCAGUACUCUUUACUAUCGACAAAAGAGGGAUAUCGACCUUCCGAAAGGUCUGCUGAGUACGACUCCGGCCAUCAAGCCGGAUCCUCUGGAUCCCUCUGAGCCGACACCUCCUCUUGUCGAUAAUUCCAUCCCAGAGCCAACUGCCGCGGCGAUCGAUGGCCCGGUCUCUGAGCCAAGUCCUGCGGGAGUCGGCAAUGCAGCUACGGAUGCAAGUCCUGCUAUAGUCAACAACACAGCUGUGGAAGCGAACUCUUCACCAGAAUCACCAGAGAAGCGCGGUUUAGGCAACGGCCUUCGGCAAGAUACCGAGGAGGCCUCCAGGGACCCGGAGCGCCCUCUUAAAAAGAGGAGGAUUGCUCCCACCAUUGUAUCGACAGUUGCCCCAGCUCAAGCGAGGUCAUUUAUCCCCACAGAAGGUGACAUCACCUUUCUUUCCGAUGCCAAUUUUGAUCGGUUUUUGGACGUCGAGGAUUCAAAAUUCAGUUAUCUUGGGUCUUCCGCCUUGCGCUCCGAGGACAUUGCAAGCCUCCCGUACAACUUUGAGUCUGAUGACGACGGCGACGACAAGGAGGCUAGUGAGGAGUUCACUUGGGUCAGGUCUGGUGCGGUACCACCAGCGCGUGCCCUACAAGUGGCUCGGGUGAUGAGAAAAUUCUUCCGUAAACGCAGCCCUUUUGUGAAUGAGGAUGAGGAGGUCGUCUUGGACUUUGGAGAGGACGAUGACGGCAUGUCGGUGGAUUCAGAAACAUACCGAGAGUAUGAACAGGAGGAGCAAGAACGGAAAGCUCACCAAAGCAUGCACGGGUCUCCACGGCUCAGUAAAGUGCAGGCUGAGGAGGCCAUAGAGGAUGCUAUCCAGAGACUGGAAGUCAGUUGGGAAACGAUCAAGAAGCCCAAAUUCGAAAGACGGGCCUGGAAGAUAUGGCAAGACGCCCGGCGAAACCGUACCCGUCUAAGCCUCAUCACCUUCGCGAAAAACCAGCUCAGAAGCCUCGAACCGCCCAAGCCUUCGACGCUUCCCAGACUAAAGCCGGAACCCAAGAAAGAGAGAGAGACACUUGCAAGCGACGAAGAACUCUUAACGAGCGAUUCUGAAGAAGAAGACCAGUUUAUCGAGGAUGAUCUUUCGUCAGUAGAUCACAUGAUCAUUGACCCAAAGGAAACUAUUCCAUCUACCCGACCUAGCACGCCUGUCCGCCCCUUGAACCCAUCGACAGAAACAAACCACAUACCGGAAGAAGAAGAAAAUACCAUUGCUCAACCCUCUACGGUUGAUGACGAGACAGGGGCAGUGAAUAAGGUUGAACCAACAACACCUCAACGCAUAAUUCAUACAAUCCCAGCAGAACCUAUCGAAAUCUUGUCCUCACCAUCCGACGUGGACCAGCUUGCCAAUCUUCCUCCUCUCACUGAUACAUGGAAAGAGCAUAUCCAACCACUCAUUGACCGAGCCGCUACCGGGAUCUCUAGGAUCGAUGUCGACCCGGACUCGAUCAGCCUCAUUCUGGCCCUUUUGUUUCUCACAUAUUCUGACUUUAGCGAAGGACGACUCAAGAUUAGAUCGACUACCCUUCGUUGCGUUACCUGCCAAAAGCUCAACCGGGAAUAUUUGCGGUUUGGAGAGUUUUUCGAAUUUUUGCAGAAUUGCAUUCGCUAUUUUCGAUCCGAGCCCAAGUCACCCACUCCAAUGGAGAUGACCUCCGCUGAAUCCCCGGAGGCAACUCAAGAUAUACCUAUGGAUAUCACAAGCGAGUCUGAGCAUAUGGAUACAGACUUGGAGGAGCUGUCCUCCCAGUUCCCUCUGUCAUCUGCGAAGAAAGGCCGACGACCCAAACAUGACGAAAAGGCCAAAAAGCUCCGAGUCGAUUCCAAGGCAUUGUUGAAACAAAUGGACGAACGCCGUAAACUAUUGCGGGCUAAACUUGCCGAAACUGGAUCAGUACCGAGUGACAAGUCACGUCUCAUCAUCAACGAAACCAAAGAAUCCGACGACCUUCCUUUGAUCUACGUUCAUGAGGAGAUUGGAGGGAGAAUUAAGGACCAUCAAAUAGACGGUGUCCGCUUCAUGUGGGACCAGAUCGUGGUUGAUUCAAACUCACGCCAGGGGUGCUUACUUGCCCACACCAUGGGUUUAGGCAAGACGAUGCAAGUUAUCACCUUGCUGGUUGCCAUUGCUGAGGCAUCCCAAUCCGACGACCCUCGGGUAGUUGCCCAGAUCCCCAAGGACCUUCGGGUUGGUAGACCCUUGAUUCUCUGCCCUUCUGGUUUGGUUGAAAAUUGGAUCGACGAAAUCUGUAAAUGGGCGCCAAAAGACAUCUUGGGGAAUAUCACCAAGAUCGAUGCGGCGACGGUGCCACCCAGCGAGCGGGUUCUGCUCAUCAAAGGAUGGGCGCGGUCUCGAGGCGUACUAGUCAUGGGCUACGAAUUGUUCAGGUCUCUAGUCUCAGGAAAGGAAGACAACGUGGCUGAACUGCUACACAGUUCUCCAUCGAUUGUGAUCUGCGACGAGGCUCAUCGGUUCAAGAAUAAGACUUCCAAGUUGUACGCCGUAGUCCAAGACUUCCACACCAUGAGCCGUAUUGCCACGACGGGAUCACCUCUGACCAGGAACGCCAUUGUCGCGCCGAAGGUGAACAGGAAGGACAUUCAAGUCCUGGUUGACGAGCUUCCGCAGAAAAGGGAGUUCAUCCUCACAAUUCAAAUGACCAAGGUCCAGCGAGAUGCUUACCGAGAAUAUCUGGAGACUGCACAGCGGAACAAGGGAAAUGACCUUUAUCGCACCGCCUGCGUUUGGGGUCUCAUCGCCUCUUUAAAGCUGCUCUUGGCGCAUCCAAAAAUCUUCAAAAGCAAGAUGGAGGAACGCUUAAACCCAGACAGUGAUGAGAAUGAUGAACCACUGGAUUUGUCGCGGGACACGCUAAGGAAUGUUCUCGCCAAGGUGUCGAUCAGGGGCAUCGACGACAUUGUGCAUUCUACCAAAGUCACUGUGCUCUUGCAAAUCCUUAAGGAGUGCAAACAGAUCGGCGACAAGGUACUCGUCUUUUCUCAAAGCAUCCCAACCUUGAACUUUCUGCAGGAUCUGUUCAAGCAGAAGAAGAUCAAUUACAAAAGAUUAGAUGGAAAGACACCGGUCAGUCAACGCCAGGCUGCUGUCAAGGAGUUCAAUGCAGUUGACUCACUCGAUGUCUAUCUGAUUUCUACCAGGGCUGGUGGUGUCGGUCUCAACAUUCCUGGGGCCAAUCGCGUAGUCCUCUUUGACUUUGGCUUCACUCCCGCGGAAGAGCAGCAGGCUGUCGGUAGAGCAUAUCGGAUUGGCCAAGAGAAGAAGGUAUUUGUUUAUCAUCUUAAGGUCGGUGGUACCUACGAGACCGCCAUUCACAAUCUGGCAAUCUUCAAGAGGCAGUUAUCGGAGCGGGUUGUGGAUAAGAAGAAGCCAAUCCCCUCUUCAACCAGGAUGAGAGAGUACUUCAUUACACCCCCUGAGAACCUGGAGCAAAAGGAUCUGUCAGCUGUGAAGGGCCUUGAUCCAGAAGUCUUGGAUAAGGUCCUUGCAUCCGCCGAGUGCAGCAGUAUCAUCCGCGAAAUCGAUUCAACCGAGACUUUCGAAAGGGAGGAAGUGUAUGAGUUCACUGCAGAGCAACACCGAGAGUUGAACAAGCAGAUUGAGCUGGAAGAGCUUCGAAUCAACAACCCUGAGGAGUACAAGCGGCAGAUGUCAACAGGCUCGGGAUUUGCGCUGCCAUCUCUUCCACCAAAUCUUGGUACGCCAAUAUCUACGGGCGGUGAAGACAAACAUAACCCAGCAACACCUGGCUCAGCUCCUAGUAUCCCCCUCUCUGCUGCGAACAACAUUUCUGCAAGCACCCAAGCGGGAGCACCAAUUCCACGAGUAGCUUCAACUGCCAUAGCGAGCCAAACAGUUGCGUCGUCACCAAGCCCGGCUAACGGUCAAGUGGCCGCAUUGAAUCCCAUUCUCGGAACCAAUACGCACUACAAGGUGGCCGAAGCUCCAAGAAAGCCCGCUACCCUCAAAGCGCCGGAAAUCAUCCCCAAACCAAGGAAACCGGAGGAUACUACCCCAAAGCUUCUCGAAGCUCUUGGCGAAGUGCACAGAAAGCUUCGGGAUGACGGUUAUGACAUGUCCGUCCAUCCGCAAGAUCUGGUUAUGCAGAUCAAUUCGGAAUGUGAUCGCCAGGAUAUGGCCGCAGGAACGCUCCCUAGAAUGGAUAAACUGCGAAGCUUGUGCAAAGCGGUCACAGAAAGUACCAGGUUUGGAGAGGCUUUGCUCGCAGGAUACCUCACGCCUAAUGAGGUAGUAGCUAUGGGCAUGGCUCAGAUGAAGGCCAAGAUCGCCGAGUUUCAAACCAUGACAGACGACUGCUUUAAGCAAGAGUUGUGG